AUGCCCGCCAUUGUUGAUCCUUCGUUUCAAACGAACCAUGUUUGCCUGCAUGUGAGUGAUAUUCAAAAGUCUAUCAAGUUCUACACCGAAUAUUUUGGGUUGUCUUUGUUGGCCCAGGAAUCGGUGCCCCAACUCAAGAAGCAAAUAUACUUACUAGGUUACAAUUCGCCUUCAAAUGCCAAUUAUGGAAAGCACUGGGCUGACAGGAGCGGUGUGCUUGAGCUAUGUGUUGAUCAAACUCUUCCAAAGGACUACAAGUUUGCGAAUGGAAAUUCACCUGAAGCUCAAGGUUUCGGACACAUUUGUGUAGCUGUGGAUAAUCUUGAGACCGCUUGCGAGCAGUUGGAGAAGAAUGGCGUUGCUUUCAAGAAAAGACCUAGCGAAGGCCGUCAAAAGGAUAUUGCGUUCGCUUUGGAUCCUGACAACUACUGGAUUGAACUAAUUGAACAUCAAAUUGGCAAAAAAGACGGUGUCUCUAAUAAGAGCAAUUGGGUUCUGAACCAUGGUAUGUACAGAAUCCGGGAUCCUAAGGUAUCACUAAAAUUUUACAAAGAAGUUUUAGGUAUGAAACUUUAUUCUACUAGAGAAUUUCCGGAAGCUAAGUUCACCCUCUAUUUUCUGGGCUACGAGCAUGACGAUCAAUACGUGGAAAACCAGGAAAAACCUCGUCCACAAGCUGAGAGGGAAUCUAUUAUUGAGUUGACCCAUAACUGGGGUACAGAAAGUGACUCCAGCUUCAAAGGUUACCAUACCAACACCACUGAGCCUUUUGGAUAUGGCCAUACAGGCAUUAAAACAAAGGAUGUCGCCAAACUUGCCAAAGAGCUUGAGAAUGAUGUAGAAUGGGUCUUUAAAUUGGGAGAGAUUAGCGACAAGCUUGCCUUCUUCAAGGACCCUGAUGGGUAUCUUCUAGAAAUUCUCCAGAAUGAUAGUUUUCUUAAAGACCAAGGAAACAAAUUAUAA